AUGUCUGGGAAUCUCUCCUUUCUUGGAAUACCUGCUGAGCUUCGUCUCGUGGUGUACGAGCUCUACCUCUCAGAGCACCAACACGUCUCGAACAGGCGGCAGCCUUCCAAUCACCACAUACGCCUGCUUUAUAUUUGCAAGCAAGUAUUCGAUGAAGCGGUGUCCAUCAUUGGCCGAUAUGUCUCUUUGCAACACGAGCGGCAAAUAAAUGCCUUCAUUCUGCAUGCAACGGAGUCCCAGGCAGCACAAAUACAUUUGGCAGAUGUAGCGAACGAUGGCCGUGUAUCCGGCCCUACCAAUGCAUCUGUGGAUGCAGACCAGCCUUUAGUUCCCUUGUCCAACUUGCACCUGGCGUUGCGGCGGAUGACCUCUCUAACCUGCCUGCGUGUAUUUCAAUGCCGCCAGGGUAUCCCUAUCAAUAUACAGAAGAUCAACGCCCGCCUAGCAAUCAGGUUUGAGCACGCGAUGUACCCAUCUGGCUAUCCCCACCAUCUUACGGCUUAUGAGCUCUUCCUGGAUCCAGAAACGAGAGUGACCCUUUUUGAAGUCGUCCUGCCGCAAUUUAUCGAAGUCUUGCGCGUGACUGGAGAGUGUCAUCUCCCCGCCGCUGUUUGCAUGCCUGCGCUGCGACAUCUGAUGCUUUAUGGGAUUACCGGAAAUCAUUUCGAUCAGCACACUGUCGAGGAGAGUCUUUCUGGAUGCCGUCUACAUUCGUUCAUAUAUGGGCUGGGCCAUAGGCUGGGUUUCGAGAUCCGCAACCGUCAUCUAGAGUCGCUCGCAUCCGUGGCAGGUGCACAUCUCCGAAAACUGGUCCUGCUUGGGUGCAGUCGCUUAACGAGCACGGUUAUCGCGGCCUGCCUAGAGAACAUGCCAAAGUUGGAACACUUCGCUCUUAGCCUCGUCACUGUAGACGAGCUGCGGACCAAUUUCGUGCUGUCCCUUCCACCAACCAUAUCCGUUUUCAAACUGCAACUCACAAAUGCCUGGUAUGCGAUACCGUUGUUGUCGGACGAGCGUGGCUUGUGCAACGCUCUCGAAGAUGUGCUAUUGCGCCGUCCCAUAGCGCCUCAACACGUAUGUGUCUGCCUCAGAAACAGCCUUAUGAUCGAGGGAGACAGACAGGAUAGAUGGAAGGAGUUGGCCCGCAACCGUUGCUUUCAGCUGGACUUUGGACUCUGGCAAGGAGAAGAUCUGGAAGACCUACCAUCCUGA